UCCCAGAACGCCCCGCGCGGGAGGCGGCGUGUCGGCGGCGGCUGCUGCGUCCGCGCCGCCAUUUUACCCGCUGCCACCGGCUUCAUUUCGGAUCCUCCUCGCCGCAGGACCCAGCAUUUAAUCGUCUUCCCCUCAGCGCUCGCCCUUCCCCAUCCCCCUCCCUUCCAAAUCCUUUCUUCAUUGACAGCGUCCGGAGGAGGGGAGGGAGAAUGAAGCUGACGGAUAACGUGCUGCGCAGCUUCCGAGUGGCCAAGGUGUUCCGGGAAAACACCGACAAGAUCAACUGCUUCGACUUCUCUCCUAAUGGCGAGACGCUCAUCUCCAGCAGCGACGACGACUCCAUCGUCCUGUACGACUGCCAGGAGGGCAAACCAAAGAGGACAUUGUACAGUAAGAAGUAUGGAGUUGACCUGAUUAGAUACACACAUGCAGCAAACACCGUGGUUUACAGCUCAAACAAAAUUGAUGAUACCAUACGUUACUUGUCACUUCAUGACAACAAGUACAUUAGAUACUUCCAUGGUCACAGUAAGAGAGUUGUAGCGUUAUGUAUGUCUCCUGUGGAUGACACCUUCAUGUCUAGUUCUUUGGAUAAAACUAUCAGAUUAUGGGACCUCCGAUCACCAAAUUGCCAGGGCUUAAUGCAUCUUCAAGGGAGGCCAACGUGUUCCUUUGAUCCUGAGGGACUUAUAUUUGCAGCUGGUGUGAAUUCUGAGAUAAUUAAACUGUAUGAUUUGCGGUCAUUUGACAAGGGUCCUUUUGCCACAUUUAAGAUGCAAUAUGAGCGGACUUGUGAGUGGACAGGAUUGAAAUUCAGCAAUGAUGGAAAACUUAUGCUGGUCUCUACCAAUGGUGGCAUGGUUCGACUCAUUGAUGCUUUUAAAGGAGCAGUACUGCAAACAUUUGGGGGAUACAACAACAAUAAGGGUAUCAGUUUGGAGGCAUCAUUCACUCCAGAUUCUCAGUUUGUGAUGAUAGGGUCAGAGGAUGGCAAAGUUCAUGUGUGGAAUGCCGAAAGUGGUUUAAAGGUGGCUGUUUUAGAUGGAAAACAUACAGGUCCUGUUUCUUGUCUUCAGUUUAAUCCCAAAUUUAUGACAUUUGCCAGUGCGUGUUCUAACAUGGCAUUUUGGUUACCCACGAUUGAUGACUGAAGAAAAAUAUUGGAAUCAUUUUUAAUAAACUGUAUAAUCCGAGAUGGACUGAAUCCAGAAAGCUUGGGUCCAGGUUUUUGUAGGAUCUCUGUGGAGAGUAGUUUGAACUUGAUCACAGACUGAUGAGCCAAAUGAAUUUGCUUGUAUGCCAUCGGUAAUGCUAAUGAUGGUUACAGAUACCUCCUGUGGAAAUUCUUGUAGAGGAAGUAAAAAUGAAGAUGGUGUCUCCCAAUCUUCCUUAUCCUCACAUGGUCUUCAGAUUUUGAACUCAUCACAACUUAUUUUCGUGUGGGCAUGUGGCAACUCCAUUUACACUUGUUUUUAGAACUAUUAAUUGUAUAUACAUGGAUAUUUUAAGUGGGCCCUUACCAGUUGUGUAAGAGCAUGAACAAGCUAACCAGGUGAUGUUGGUGGUCAGUGCCAUUGCAAUGGUAAUUUUUUUUGUCCACAAAUAAUGCACGUUAUGUGGUUUAGAAGAGCCAAGAAUCUAUUUUAAGUGUUUCAUUGUUAGGGCUGUCAGUGCUCUUCCAAAAUUGGUCAUCUUGUUUGGAUCAAAUGGAUGGCUUUUUUUUUUGAAAGAAUUGAGCAAAAAAAAACCUGAAAAAUGCGCAGUGGGUACUAGUAGGAUCUAUGGGAAAAGAUGAAGAGUUAAUAUUUCGGGUUAGUGGCUGUUCAUCAGAAUUGUCAUUAGCCUAAAAGAUUAACUUUCUCUCCUGAGUUUUCCAUAAAUUUCUGUGCUUCCAAUUUCCAGCAUCCACAUGUUUUGCUUUUGAAAGAAUUGAGUUGUUUCAUUUACUCUAAUAAGCAGAUCCACUUGCCUAUCUUUUGGUUAUGUCUUCAGCAGAGAUGUAUAGCCAUGUUACUAUAUUUGUAUAUUUGUGUACAGUUUAAAACAAGUUAAAUUCAGAACAAAGUUUAAAGCAGCCUUGGGGUGUGUAUUAUGUAAAUACAGUGGGUGGUUUAUGUUUCUGCAGUUUUUAAUCUUUGACAUGACAUUUGUACUUGAUAAUACAAUUUUUAUUUACUUGUAGAUAUUUGCAGCAAUUUUGUUUACUUCCUCCCCUUUAAAGUUUUGAAAUAUAAUGUUAUUCAGUAGUCUGAAAUCUGUACUUGUAAGAUGUGUUUUGCAACUUGGCCCUGUUUUUAAUACUUCUGGUGUAUUAACGUGCCAAAGACAUUCUUUUUCUUCCCAGCCAGCAUAAUAUAGUGUGCUAUGCAAAAGCGUCAAGUCUGAUUCAUGGUGUUAAAAAGUUGAACAGUGAGUCCUUAGGGAAGUGGUUUAUAUCAGUGGGGGUUGGAAUAAAAAAAAUACAACUUCUCAUCUAGAAAAUUACCUUCCCUUUUGCUCUUCUGGAAAAACUUAAAUGGCCAAAUGUCUAUUAUGUUUUGGUUCUUAAGAGCUCCAGUCAGGAUGAAAGUCUCAAAUAUAAAACAAUAUGAUUCUAGAAGUGUAGGUUUAGCUAGUGGGAGAAAAGAACCUUUUCCAGCUCCAUUGAAUUUAGCAGGUUGACCAAGAAACAGUGUUGGCCAAUUGUGCUGCAAGAUCAACAUGAGAUUUUGUUGACAAACUUUUGAUCUUUAUUUGAUAGUGCUUUCUAACAUGCAGCUUUGUAAAUACUGAACCUCUGUUCAGUCAGUUAAUAAACAUUGUGUAUAAGAUACAGUUAAAGGAAAGCAGUAAUUGCCAUUUAUGGAAACUUGAUUUUUGUUGCUCUUUCAUAAUUCGUAAAUGGGCUAAUAACAAUUGAUGUACUAAACUUCCAUUCUGUUUCCAGUGCAGCUCAGUCUCCUUUGCUUGUUGCAGCAUUGUUUUGAUUUCUAAUACUUGUUUUUAAACAUUAUUGGAUAGAUGCUUUGUCAUUAUAAAAUUAAGUAUUUGUAUUGGUAGUUUGUGUUUAUUUAAAAUGAAAAUACAGAUUCAGAAACUUGG